AUGUCCGAGACUGAGCAAUCUUCUGGCCAUGGUGCUACAGACGAGGCUCUGGUCUUAUCGGCUUCAGCCGAGGGAAAACCGCAGCAGCUCCCAGAGUCGAUGCGAUGGGAUCUCGGCCAAACCAUGCCUGAUGCAGAGACCCUGCGCAACCUUUGUUUGGAUGAUUCAGAGUGGAGUGGGUUCAUUGCAUCUUUCGCUGCUGAUGCAGCUGAGCUCGAUUGGAGCGUGCGGGUGAUUCAAGCCUUGCUGGCUCAGGUAACCACUUCGGCGGUACUUCGUCGUAAGCGACGUGCCGCGGCUCACGCUUUUCUGCAGUGGUUAUCCGUGCGCAAGCAAGCUCGCACCUCCGUGCCUGCAACUGCUCCUGCACAUUCCCUGGAAUGUUUGCUGCGCUCCGGGGCUAAGUUGCGCACCCGUCUCAAAGAACCAAAAGGCCCGGCCUGCAGUCGGGCUGAGAAAGAGUUGGCAGCAGUUACGCGUUGGAGUAGGAAGUUCGCAGACAUAUUGGCAGACGCCUCUGUUCCUGCUCUUCGAGAUGUCCCCUCUGACAUGGCUGACCGCUGGGCUUUGAAGUUGACAGGUUUCUUGACCUUUGCAGUCGCCUUCCUGUUCAUGGUCGUGAUUGGAGUUCCAUUCAGCUUCAUUGACAUCGAGGCAGGGAACGUCGGGAGCGAUAAACGUGCAAUUUGGAUUUGUCGUUGGAUUGAAGAUACCCUUGCUGCGGGAACAGUCAGGAUGCACGACUUUGCUUCGGUCCUCGGCCUUUUGAAUUUUGCCAUGGCCGCAAUUGACCACCUCCGCCCGUUUCUUGGCCCCUUGUACGCAUCAGCUUGCCUGUCCCUAAAGCAGUCGCUUUUGUGCUUCGCUACACUUCCUACAUGUUGCAGAAUGGCUUGCGAAUGCGUCCUGUUGAGUCUCCUCGUCGAAAAUUCCCGGAGUUGUUCAGGGCAGACGCGAAAGCCGAAGGAGAAGUCAUCUGCUUGGGAGGCUGGUCUGUGA